AAGCAUUGGCAUCAGAGCGAGCGAACCAGCGAGGGGGGAGCGUGAGAGUUUUCACUUUACUUCUUGUCCCCCAAAAAGAGGAGCGGCUUUGGGCCUCCCUCCUCUUUGUCGAAACUUGCAGCAAAUUUCGCACGAUUUAGAUGCCAGGCUAAAGAGUUUUGGUCGCGGACGAAUAGAGAGGCAGAUCCGCGAUGGGGCAGGCGUUUCGGAAGCUCUUCGAUUCAAUCUUCGGCAACAAAGAGAUGAGGGUUGUGAUGCUUGGUCUGGACGCUGCGGGUAAAACUACAAUUUUGUACAAGUUGCACAUUGGAGAGGUUUUGUCAACAGUCCCAACAAUUGGUUUUAAUGUAGAAAAAGUUCAAUAUAAAAAUGUGAUGUUCACAGUGUGGGAUGUUGGUGGGCAAGAGAAAUUGAGGCCUUUAUGGAGGCAUUACUUUAACAACACAGAUGGUCUGAUCUAUGUAGUUGAUUCAUUGGAUAGAGAGAGAAUUGGGAAGGCUAAAGCAGAGUUUCAGGCCAUCAUCAAUGACCCCUUUAUGCUCAACAGUGUUAUUUUGGUAUUUGCAAACAAACAAGACAUGAGAGGUGCAAUGACCCCCAUGGACGUGUGCGAGGGGCUUGGUCUCUAUGACCUGAGGAACCGGGUGUGGCACAUUCAAGGAACUUGUGCUCUUCGAGGUGAUGGCCUCUAUGAGGGUUUGGACUGGCUCGCCAGUACUCUGAAAGAACUGCAACCUUCAGGUCGUGCAACCUCAGUCGGCACCUCGUCAAGUUGACCAUAGAAGGUUUCUGCCUCCCUGCCAAAAAUGCUCUGAUGCAAGCUGAAUCUAGUCAAAUCUUCAUGCUAAUUGGAGUUAUUUCUCCCUAAUUGUCUUAACAUCUGUCAACUUCCUGUAAUUUCUGAUGCAAGCUAAGGACAUUUGCUCCUGGGGAACUAUUGUUUGAAUCUUUAAUGUAUAUCUGUGACUUGUUCCAAACACUGUUCCCUUCAUCAUUCGACGAUAACAAGAUUCUGUAGCCCAAUUUCUGGAUUUGCUUGCUAUCGUGUUGCUUAAUGGAAAUAGAAGUUGCUUGGUGGAUUGAUC